ACUUUUUGAAGUAGCUGUCCAACGACGCGUGAAGGGAAGGACAUCAAGUCUAUCUAUUCAAAGCAGCACCACCGCCACCGCCGCCAAUUGAUAGCUGUUUCAUCAACACUCUAGUUUUCUUGAGCGCAAUUUUACACCCUGCAACAUACAACCUAGUUUGGCGAAGACAACCUUUCCGGUACCCAUUUCAAAAUGGGACGCCGGUCCGGCCGCGCAGCGGCGCGACGGGCAGCAGCCGCCCUAGAAAGCACGCCGAAACACUAUCAAACGAUGGACGAAGAUGAGCCCAUGGCAGACGCCGCACCAGAAGCGGAACCCUCCAAGGACAACGAAGAUGAGGAAGAGGACCCCGCACAUGAGCCCGAGGCUGAGGACGACGACGAUGAAAACAAGUCGGGCGGUGAUGAAGAUGAAGACGACGAACAACCCGCCGAAGAGGCGGAGGAUGACGAGGAAGAGGCUGCAAAGUCACCGUCCCCGCCUCCAGUUCAGACGGUUCGGCGCAAGCGACUUGGCCGGCCACCCAAGAACCGCCCGCCGGACUGGGACAACAUGAUUGAGGUGCCUGUGCGCGAGGGCGAACAGAACACGCCUCGUCGGCGCGGCCGGGGAGGCUGGCGGGGCCGUGGCGGCCGUAAGGGCGCAAGUCUGGCACCGACGCAGCAGGCCAUCGAUAAGGAGGGCACCAUGAUGGAUAUUAUCAAUGAUGAGGUCGCGCUCCCUGAGGACCCCGAAGGAGAGACCAAGGUCGACAAGAACGGCAACCUGCAGGGAGGCCGCGAGUACAGGUGUCGAACGUUCACGGUCGCUGGGCGUGGCGACAGGCUCUACAUGUUGUCGACGGAGCCUGCGCGUUGUGUGGGAUUCAGGGACUCGUAUCUCUUCUUUACCAAGCACCUGCGGUUGACCAAGGUCAUAGUGGACGACGAGGAGAAGCGGGACAUGAUCGAACGAGAGAUCAUCCCACACAGCUACAAGGGUCGGUCAAUAGGUAUUGUCACGGCACGAUCUGUGUUCAGGGAGUUUGGAGCCCUGAUUAUUGUCGGUGGUCGGCGCAUCAUCGACGAUUACGAGGUGGGCAAGGCGAGGAUGGACGGUGUUGUUGAGGGCGAGCUGGCCGAUCCAAAUGACCAUUUUGUUGUCGGUGAGCCCUACAACAAGAACCAGUACGUGGCAUGGCAUGGUGCUUCCAGCGUCUACCACUCUGCGGCGCCUGUGGUUGCUCAGCAGACAGGAGUGUUUGUGGCACCCAAAAAGCGGCGUGUUGCUGUCAACGACACCAACUGGAUGUAUGAGCAUGCAAAGGAGGCUAGCAACUUCAACUCUAUCUUGACGGGUAUGCGUCAAGCCAACCUACACGGAGUUUAUGACAUGCACACAAAUAUGAUGCACUACCCAGCCACGAUGCAGCCUACCCAUGCCCGCAUUGAAGUAGUUCCGCUUGAACAGCAGCAGCAGCAUGAGCAACCAAGAGAACAAGACAAUGACAGCGCAUCAACCUCAUCAAUCUUCAAGCCUCUUCCGUCAACAGUGCCCCGCAACUUCCGCGUGGUCGACACCGUCCUGGAGACGCCGCCUUCAGGCAUCGCGCCGUCCUCAUAUGACCGUCGCUUCUUCAUAGACGGUGACAGGGCCGGUGGUGGUGGUAGUAGCAGCACACGCGACCGCGGAAGCACUGACUUCCUUGCACCUUUCCGCGGGCUCUCGGCAGUCUCGGACGAAAUCAGAGACCUGCUGCCGGCCGAGUGCCGAGCGGCAUUUGACCAGGCGCAGCAGCGGGAGCGCGAUUGGCACUCCAAGUGGGGGCCGGAAAAGGACGCCGCAUGCAGGAGGGAUCCUGUCAUUGAUAAGGCAAUAGUCCCAAUGGUGAAGAUGGUGUGAAGACUUUUGGGAGAGGUUUCAGGUGUUUUGGUACAGGUAAUGGUGCAUAUGCGCGAGAAAUCAUGAGGGAGCUUUGGCAGGCAUGUGUCCACGGGGCAAACAUAUGCCAAUCUCACACGACUGACUUUUGCUUACUGUCCGAGCCGCGUACGUUUGGACCAUACGCCUCUGUAUGAUAGGUAUUUUCUCGCCAUCCUAGGCGUUGCAAAAGGCGUUUUGGGGCAACCUUGUUGGUGUUAAGAGGCGAUACAAAUGUUUUAUCCACGUAUAGUAAUUUUCAAGACCAUUUGAAACAUAUAGCCUAUGCAGACUACGUGUCACCCUAACCCAAC